AUGAGCACACGUAGUAGUUACGAUAACGAUUACGAGGAUAUUGAUAAUUCUUACGAGGAUGAUGAUGAUUACGAUGCUUACGAUGAUGACGAAGAAAAGGGGGGUUCAAUUGAUUCAGAAGAAGAAACAAAUGUUAAAAAGUUCAACCUGGCGCUGGCUUUCGACGACGAUGAUGACGAUGAGGUUGCAAAACGCUUUCUCGUCUCUUCUAUUUAUAGGAUGGCUUCUGAAGAGAAUUUAUAUACCGGCACACUCAUUAACGAAGUAUACGUUUUGAAAUCAAUCGAUGAUAAAAUAAGAAUCAAAUCAGAAUUCAAGACAGUAGUGUUAGACUUUCGCCGUCGCCGUCGACGAACCGGCGGCGGUUGCGGUGAUAGUGAUGAUGAUGAUGACGAUGAUGUGAAGUACGUCAAAGUAUUUCACGAUGAUGAUGGUGAUGAUAAUACAUUGGUCGGUAAAAAAGGAAAACUUGUAUCCCUUCUGCCACCAUCAUCUGAUACUACAUCUCCAUCAAAAACAAAUCCAUCGAUAACAAAGUUGUUAAAACUAAUAACGGUCAACGUUUUGCAAAACAGAAAUUUAGUCAAGACGGGACCGCACGAUUUUUUAGCCUAUCAUUUAUUCGCGUCUUCUUUGGGCGCUUUCAAGAAAAGGAGCGGCGCUUUAGACGCGCGACGAAAGAUUAGAGAGGGAUACGUGCGGUUAUGUUUGUCGCAAAACGCCGAAAAUGAUUCAAAAGAAAAUACUAUAAACUAUUAUAUUUUCUUCAACCUGUCGUCGCAAACGUCCAAGUGGAACGCGUUGCAAGCGUACGAGUCUUUCAGAUUGAAAAAUAACAAUAAUAAUAUCAAAGUAAUACCCGUGGCUUUAGUGUACGGUGAAAACAAUGAAGAGAACGAAACAAUCGACCGUUCUAGUUUUGUCUGGAUAUUCAACAACAGAAACCAUAUGCAUGAUUUUUACCAGUGCGUGUACGCAGACUCUGGAUGGCGAGAAGCGGAAACUCUUAUAUUUGCGAAAAAGAACAACAAAAACACGUGGCCGGAGAGGUUCCGUAAAGAUUUACUGCUCGAGUUCCCGAAAAGGAGAGAAAAAGAAGAUCUGGAAAGAACAACUCCUUCAGUCAUCACCGUCGCUGCGUUUGCGCAAGGGGUGGCAAAGUCGUCAAUCGUGUUCAUAGCUCCAAACAUGUCGGAGAAAAACAACAACCACAAAAACGAUUGCACUUUACGAAAGCUCUUUCAAUCCGCGGGAAUUACGUUUACCGGAACGUCUGCCGCUUUUGCCACGAGAGCCGCCGACAGAGUGUUUCUUUCGAGCGCCUUGAAUAAUUCGAAAGUUAAAAUUCCAGGCGUCAUGGGAAUACCGAAGAAAGUCAUCUUACAAUCCGCGCUCACGGUCAUGGCUGAAGAAUACGUCGAAAAAAACGAGUUUUUAUCCUCAGUCUCAAACAUUCAACGCGCCGUCCGAACCUACGCCGAGGCUUCAAAAGAGUUGAAUUGCGCAGAGUUGUGCAUCAAGAGUCAAUUUUAUGAACAGAACUCGUCAAAAAUAACUCGGAUUCGAAGCGCAAAGGAUUUAGAAACGUUCGCGUACGAAUGCAGGAGAAACCGUCGUUUCUCGUCGAAUAACAACAUCCAAAAUAAUUUCAUUCUCGAGCCGUUCGUGGAGACUGGGAAAGUGGUUGAUUUUCAAUUCGUUCAAAGAGAAGAGUCCUCGUCCGAAUCACGUUGGCUUAAAAUUUACGUCGGCGGUAUCGGACCCGAAGGUAAAAUGAAAGCUUUAGAUCCCGCGUGUCCCGUUGGUGUACCCGAAGGAAGAAGAAAAGGAAAAACGCACGCGUAUUUAGAUUGCGUCAAGGAUGGAAAAACAAAAAAGUUGUUGUUCGAUGAGAAGAAAAUUGAAAGCGUCGUGAAACCUAGAAUAGAACGGGUUUUAAAUCUUACUGGCAUUUCUGGCGUCGCCAUGUUGCGCUGUUUCGUCAACGUAGAUUCUGGAGAGUUGAUUGUCGAAGACGUGGAUCAUUCUCCGGAUAUGACGGAAAGAAACGGAACGUUUUACCAUCAAGCGCUGAGAUAUUUCCAUCGCGAAGAGCGCGACAACGAUUUGUACGGAAAAGAUGAAAGAAGUAUAAACAGCAGCAGCAGCAGCAGCAUUAGUACAAACGACGGCGAAGACGACGUCAAAAACGACGAAAAAAGCAUCGAAGCAAUAGACGAAAUAGCGAUUAAAAAAGGAUUAGAGAAUACGAGUUUCUUCACGCGUCUGAUAGCGAUAGCAAUGUUUAAAUAA